AUGAUCGGUUUCGUAUUGCUGCUGUCAGGUCAGUCGAAUGCGCAAGUUUCUUCGCGGCUACGGAGAUCCCUAUGCAAAGGCGACACAUGUGCGUGUCUGAGAGAGGAUGAAUUGGUGCCCGUUGGGAGGGCACGCUCGCCCCGCGGUCAUCGCUCAGUUGCUGGACCGUCGAACGUGCGGCUGAGGCGUCAGCGCUGCUGCCACUUGCGUACUGUUAGUGAAGGUGCCACUGGAGGUGGCGGCGGCAGCGGGGGUAGAGGCGGCGGAAGUGGCGGUGGCGGCAGAGGUGGCGACGCCUCCGGAGCUUCGCCUCCACAGCAGCCUGGCUUACUGUUGGCGCUUUUCGAGCGUUACUGCAGGGCUCUCGAACGCCGUCCUAUCUUCACAAAGUCGAUAACAGCAGCCCUUUUGAAUUUUUUCGCUGAUCUUACUGCGCAGUACUUUGAAGCGCGCAAGCACCCCUCGGAUACCCCGCCGGGGUGGCAGCGUCGGCGCACGUUGUCGUUCGCCAUCAUUGGCCUGUGCUUUGUUGGGCCUGGGCUCCACGGCUGGUUCUCGUUUUUGGAGAGAGCCUUCCCUCCAUCACGGUUGUCACUUGUUGGAAAGUUGCUAAUUGAUCAGACUUUAGGAGCGGCGGUUUUCAACGGAGUUUUACUGGUCAUGUUGUACUGGCUGGAGCACGGUGGCAAGUUCCAGGACGCGUGGCAGUCAAUGAAACAUCGUUUGCCACCCACAAUGAUAGGAAACUGGAAAGUAUGGCCGGCUGCUCAGCUCGUGAAUUUUGCGUUCGUGCCACCAGCAUUCAGGGUGCUCUACGUGAAUAGCGUAUCCUUCUUUUGGACCAUCUAUUUGUCGGAAAUCGCGCACCGCACGAUCACGAAGGAAGAAAAAAAGAGCUGA